AGAAAAUGUAUGUUUUUCCAAUAGCACAUAAAAUCUCCACCAAAAACAAAUUAGCAAAAAGGAAAGAAACAAAAUAAAACAAAACCAAAAUUGUGUAAAUUACUUAAAACUACACCUUAAGUUGCUACUAUUACUUAAAAUCUCAACUCCUAAAACUAAUUACAAAAGUAUCUUCUCACACUUUCUCUUUCCAACUAUCAGAUACAUAACCCUACAUAAGUUGAAUCCUACUAAUUAAUUAAGGAUUUCGUGUAUUUUAUUUAAUAAACAAUUCUCACAUGUAAAUGUUUUUGUGCAAACUCUACAAGAUUAUUGAAUUCAUUCUCAUCAAUAAAUCCACUCUUGGUAGUGUCCGCUUUAUGCCCCGCCAGCCUUUUAUUCGGCAAAACCUACCUCUGAUGGAUCGAAUCAUCUCUCGGAGUUCUUCUUUGCUUAUUUUCCCAUCCUUGUCUACAUCAAACUUCUUCAAUCAUUUCUUGAACUCUUCCAAAUUCAUUUUGAGUUUCCCAACGGAUCUCGAAUGUAUAUACAAAUGUAGAAUGAUUCGUACAGAAUUUAUAUACAUAUUUCAAAUCAGAUCUCGAAUUUUCACCAUCAGAUCUCAAGUUAAUGGUGUCCUGCCCCAUCACAUCUCGAAUCCACAACGGCUUACAAGACCGUUCUAGCCUUGAGAAAUUCUGAAGUUCAGAGUUUCGUCAAUGGAGGUUGAAGAUGGUGAUGUUAAUGAAGAUACAUAAGAAUGAUGUAUUUGUUGAAAGAGUUCGAAAAUACAUCACGUGAUCCUCCACCAAAUGUAUAAAAACUAUGUAUAUUACUGAAUGUUAGAUCAUAGAUACAUAAGAAAGAAGUGUUUGGUUGAAAAUCUACAAAAUAAUGUAUCGAAAUGUUUUUUUGGCUACAGAUAUAUAAGACUUUUGUAUCUGAAUAUCUCUGUGAUAUUAAUACUUAUACUUAUAUAUAUCAGAUAAUGAUAUAUCGCAAGUUUUAGCUAUAUAUUGCGAUAAUAAAUAAAAAAUAAAAAUUUUAUGUAAAAAAAAAAAAAAGAGCCAAAUUUUUUUAUAAUUACAUAUUAUACUAUUGGAAUUUAUGAAAAUUGCCCCCAAAAUUAGCCCGUGGGCCGACCUUUAGUUCAGUCGUCGUUCUCUUCUCUACUCAGAUUAGCUUUCCGUUUAGCGGCAAAAUAAACAGGCGUUUUAGAACCGAACUGAUAAAGAUAAGCAGCAGCAGGUUUUAGAAUUUAGAAUUUAGAAUUUGUUAGGGUUUGUGAUAAAACACCAUAUCUGUAUAUUCAAUUCAAAGUUUUAGGGUUCAGUAAACUAGGGUUUGAAGAUGUCUAAGAGAAAAUUCGGAUUCGAAGGAUUUGGCAUUAAUCGGCAAACAACUUACAACUUCGAGCGAAAUCAACCUCCUCAGCGUCUCUACGUUCCACCAUCUUCACGCUCCGGUGGUAGUAGUAGCCACGACAAUUACGAAGAUACCGACUUAGAUAACAUUGAUUACGACGAACACGACGCUGCCGGAGGAGGCAAUAACAAUAAUGAUGGUGGAGAUGAUGAGAUAGAUCCACUUGAUGCUUUUAUGGAAGGGAUACAUGAAGAAAUGAAGGCUGCACCGCCUCCUAAGGCGAAAGAGAAGUUGGAUAAGUAUAAGGAUGAUGUGGAUGAUGAUCCGAUGGAGAGUUUUCUGAAAGCGAAGAAGGAUGUUGGGUUACAAUUGGCUGCUGAUGCUCUUCAUGCUGGUUAUAAUUCGGACGAGGAGGUUUAUGCUGCAGCGAAGGCUGUUGAUGCGGGAUUAGUUGAGUACGAUUCUGAUGAUAAUCCGAUUGUUGUUGAUAAAAAGAAGAUUGAGUCUAUUCCUGCUUUGGAUCAUAGUGACAUUGACUAUGAGCCUUUCAACAAGGACUUUUACGAGGAAAAACCUUCUAUUUCAGGUAUGACCGAUCCAGAAGUUAAUGAAUAUAGGGCAAGCUUGGCGAUUCGUGUAUCAGGCUUUGAUGUUCCAAGGCCAAUUAAGACAUUUGAAGACUGUGGUUUUUCUGUUGAGUUGACGAAAGCUAUCAGUAAACAGGGAUAUGAAAAGCCUACACCAAUACAGUGUCAAGCAUUACCAAUUGUGCUCUCUGGAAGAGAUAUUAUUGGUAUUGCUAAAACCGGGUCCGGUAAGACUGCUGCUUUUGUGCUUCCUAUGAUUGUUCACAUCAUGGAUCAGCCUGAACUUCAGAAAGAAGAAGGUCCCAUUGGAGUUAUUUGUGCACCCACUAGGGAAUUAGCACAUCAAAUAUUUGUGGAGGCAAAGAAAUUCUCGAAAUCACAUGGUAUCCGUGUGUCUGCAGUUUAUGGAGGAAUGUCUAAAUUGGAUCAAUACAAAGAACUAAAGGCAGGGUGUGAGAUUGUUGUAGCUACUCCAGGAAGGUUGAUAGAUAUGAUUCGAAAGAAGGCAUUUACAAUGUUGAGAGCAACUUACCUAGUACUUGAUGAGGCUGAUCGAAUGUUUGACCUUGGUUUUGAGCCUCAGAUAAGGUCCAUUGUUGGUCAAAUUAGACCUGAUCGCCAAACAUUGCUCUUUUCAGCUACUAUGCCCCGCAAAGUUGAAAAGCUUGCCAGAGAAAUAUUGACGGAUCCUGUAAGAGUUACUGUGGGUGAGAUUGGCAUGGCUAAUGAGGACAUUACGCAAAUAGUUGAAGUGAUUCCUUCAGAUGCUGAAAAAUUGCCUUGGCUUCUGGAAAAGCUCCCUGGACUGAUUGACAAUGGUGAUGUUCUUGUCUUUGCUUCGAAAAAGGCAACAGUAGAUGAGAUUGAAUCCCAUUUGGCUCAGAAGGGAUUUAGAGUUGCAGCUCUCCAUGGUGACAAGGAUCAAGUUUCUCGUACAGAGACACUGCAAAAAUUUAAAUCUGGCAUAUAUCAUGUUCUUAUUGCAACUGAUGUUGCUGCUCGUGGUCUUGACAUCAAAUCACUUAAGUCAGUGGUGAACUAUGACAUAGCUAAAGAUAUGGACAUGCAUGUUCACCGGAUUGGGAGAACAGGUCGUGCUGGUGACAAAGAUGGAACAGCCUACACUCUUAUUACUCAUAAGGAAGCGCGCUUUGCUGGCGAACUGGCAAACAGUUUGGUUGCUGCUGGUCAAAAUGUGUCCAUGGAACUAAUGGACCUUGCUAUGAAGGACGGGAGGUUCCGGUCCAAAAGGGAUGCAAGAAAAGGAGGUGGAAAAAGGGCCAAAGGGAGGGGAGGAGGAAGUAAUAGAGGCGUACGAGGUGUGGAUUUUGGUCUAGGUAUUGGAUACAAUCCUGAAUCAAAUAAUUCUCCCCAGAGCGCUGCUCCGAGCCGUUCUACAGCUGUUAAUUCCCUGAGGACAGGCAUGAUGGCACAAUUUAAAAGUAGCUUUGUUGCUGCAUCAUCAAAUUCUCAAAAUCAAGGGAUGAAUAGCACAGUUGGCGCGUUUCCGAACAAGAACAUGGCCUUGCAAGGCUUUGUUUCUGGUGGGACUAUAGGUGGAAAUACUAAUACUUCACAUAUUAGUUCCACAUUUACUGCUGCGACAUCUGGGGCAUAUACUUCUAGUCAGCCAGCUAGAGAUGGAGCUAACCAGAAGAGUUCAGAGAGUUCAAAGGAGAAGUCAAGAGAAAGACGGAGGCCUUCUGGUUGGGAUCGUUGAUUUGCUAUUUAGGUAUACUGGAAUGAUCAACUUGUUGGAAAAUGUACUUCUCCUUUUAAAUUAACCUUUAUCAGUUUUUUUUUUUCAAGUUCUUUUUCCUCCUAUGUAUUACGUUAUUGCACAGUUACUUGGUUUAGAUUUAUGUACUUUGUAAUAUGUCUAGUUAGUAUUUGAUUCCUCUCCUAUGGUUUUGGUGAUGCAAUACCGUAGGAUAUACUUGGUUUACGUGUCAUUCCGCAUCCUGGUUUGGGUCUUUCAAACUCACCAUUCGAAUCGAAAAAUGAUGGGAAGAUCCAUUUUUAUAUCCAACGUAACAAGUACUCCCCUGGUUUCAAGUUAUCAAGUUCCAAAAAAAAAAAAAAAGGUAUUAGCAUGCAAAUCUUGAUCAGAUUGGCAUCCAUUGGAGAGAUGGCUGGAAAGAAAGCUAUGGUGCUUCUGAAAUGGUUUGUGUAAAAUGAUCUUUAUUGUUCAAGCGUGUACUUUAUAUGUAGCAUUUGUUUGUUUUGAUACAUCAAAAUUGUUCUUGUAACUUUAAUCCCAUUUGGUCUUUUGAAAAUUUUAA